UACUCCCAAACGCCUCCAGCGAUAACCAAAGCACCACUUCCGGCGUCAAAAGAUGAGCGCCAAGACCGUCCUAAUCACCGGAAGCAACCGCGGCAUUGGUCUCGCCUUCACCAAGCACUACGCCGCCAACGGCUGGAACGUCAUUGCUGCCGUUCGGGACACCCACAGUGCCACCGACCUCAACAAGAUCAAACUGGAGAAAAUCCUUCAGAUCGACACAAGUGACGAGGAGUCAAUCACGGCGGCUGCCCAACAACUCAAAGGCCAGCCCAUCGAUCUGUUGAUCAACAACGCCGGUGUCGGUGGUGGAGGUGGCAUUGACCAGACCACCAAGGCCGAAAUGAUGAAGCAGUUCGAAAUCAACGCUGUGGGUCCAUUUCUCACGACGCGAGCCUUCCUACCAAAUUUGAAGCUGGCGGUGGCCAAGAGCGGUUUUGCCAUUGUUAGCCAAGUGACGUCUCGCAUGGGAAGCAUAGCUGACAACGGCUCGGGCGGCAUGUACGGGUACCGCGCGUCCAAGACGGCGCUCAACAUGGUGAGCUCGAGUCUGGCACACGACCUGAAGGACGAGAAGAUCAUUGCACUGGCACUGCAUCCCGGGUACGUGGUGACCCGAAUGACUGGCCAUACGGGCCAGACCACUCCCGACGACAGUGUCGCUGGCAUGACAAAGAUCAUCGCUGAGGCCACUCCAGAGGACAGCGGCAAGUUCUUCCACUUCAACGGCAGCAACCUCCCGUGGUAAGUCAAGUCUCUCGAGAAGAGCUGCGGUACUGGUAUCGUACGCACACAGAGAGACUACCGAUCAAGUGUUGAUGAACAAUAACACAAAAAAAACAUCCCGCAGAAUUUUUUUUGUUUUGAACCCA